AUGAAAUUUGAAUCAUUACCAAAUGAAAUAUUUCUUGAAUGUCUUCAAUAUUUCGAUGGAUUACAAAUAUUUCAUUCAUUUGAUCAAUUAAAUUCUCGUUUUAAUCGAUUAAUUCGAACUAUUCCAUUGUAUGUUAAUUUUGAUGAAAUCAAGCAAUGUUUAUUUGAUAAAUUUUGUCAAACAAUAUUAUUAAAUCCCGAAAUAAAACAAACUAUUAUUUAUUUAAAAUUAUCAAAUGAUAAAAUCUAUCAACAAAUUGAAAAUUUUUUUUCAUUAUUUUCAUUAAAUGAAUUUCUUCAUCUUCGAUCAUUAUCAUUAUUUGGUAUUUAUAAUGGUAAAGUUCAACAAAUACAAUCGAAUUUAUCAUAUAUAUUAGAUCUACAUUAUUUCCAUUGCACAACAUAUUCAGAUAGUAAAUUUUUAAUAACAUCUGCUUUAACAAAAUCUAAAAUUGAAAUUUUAAAUUUACGAAAAUUUACUUUAAAUUCUACAGAUAUUUAUGAAACAAUGUCACUUACAUCAUUAACUGUUUAUGAAUGUACUCUAAAUGAUAUAUGUCAUUUAUUUAAAUAUACACCAAUGUUAAAAUAUUUAGAGAUUACAAAAUUUUGCAAGAGUGAAAUUACAAAUAAUGAAUUGGAUAUUACAAAUACAAAUGUUGGCCAAUUAAAAAAAUUAAUUAUUCAUUAUUCUGAAGUAAAAUUUGAAGAAAUUGAAUUAUUAUUAAAAUGUCUAUCAAAUUUAAAUAUAUUCUCAAUAAGAAGUCAUGAAAUAACAAUAAUUGAUGCUGCUCGUUGGCAAUAUCUUAUUGAAAAUUCACUUCCACAUUUACAUAUAUUUAAGUUUAAUUUUAGCUAUUCUGCUUAUGAUUCAUCUGAUGAAAAAUUAAGUAAAAUUCGAAAAUUUCAAACUGAUUUUUGGCAAAAACAACAUCAAUGGUAUACAAUUAACGAAAUCGAUCAGUCAUCAGCAUCAGUUUAUACAAUACCAAAUAUUUCACGAGUAUAUACCUUAGGAUCUACGACAAAAAUCUAUGAAAAUUCAUUAGUGAACAAUUCAACUAUAUUUAAUAAUGUUACAAGUUUAUAUUUGGUACCAAAAGCAAUAGGAAAUAAUUCAUUAUCUUAUUUUCGAAAUGUAAAAUCAUUAAGAUUAUCACGAGAACUCAUUUUCUUCAAUAAUGAUGAUGAGGAAGAGGAGGAGAAGACGUACGAGUGUGAUAUAUCACGAACACAUAUAAACAAUCUACAUAGGAUUGUCAAUCUAUCGUGUAUCACCUAUUUGGAGGUUGGUUCUGGCUUUCAUCUUUCAUCAUGUUUAUUGACAAAAAUUCUUCAAAAACUAUCAAAUGUAAAUUCAUUAGAAAUUCCUAAACCAGUUCUAAUAUCAUAUCUUGAAAAUCGUCAAUUAUGUAAAAUAUUAAAUAAGAAGAUUAAAAAAUUAUAUAUCCCCUCCUAUUCUUCUCGCUUUGGAUGUCAACAUAUAAAAUUAAAUCAAAUUGAUUGGUUGUAUAAAGCAUUUUCAAAUCUAGAACAACUUAAAUGUUCUAUUAAAAAUAUUCAAUGUUUGGUUUCAUUAUUAGAAAAAUUUUCACAAUUAUCACGAUUGACUAUCGUAAAUACAAAUGCACAAAUAAAAUCAUGGAUUAACACCAAUGCAUCGACAUUCAAUGUUCAUUUUGACACAUUCUAA